GCUCUGCGUGCUUUUUGUUUGUGCAAGGGAGUUUGAACUGAUAAAUGCAUCAGUUAAUAUUAAAGCAGAGAAACCCCUCCCAGAGCAGUUGGCUGCCACGAUCAGCGAAUAACAGGGGACUGGCUUGGGCUAGAACACAUUGCUCGUCUACAGCUCAAUCUCAGCAAAGGAGCGCAGACACAGUGACAACCCGGGACAUGGCUGUUCUGCUGCCGGUUCUGCUGUGCCUGGGCGCCCUGCUGCUCGCCCUGCUGUACUGGGUGGGCGCCUUCAGAAGGCGGCGGCCGGGCGAGCCCCCCUUUGACCGGGGCUGGCUGCCUUGGCUGGGGCACGUCCUGUCGUUCAGGCGGGACACGGCGGAGUUCCUGCGGCGGAUGCAGGGCAAGCACGGCGACAUCUUCACGGUGCAGCUGGCCGGCGACUACGUGACCUUCCUGAUGGAGCCGCACUCGUUCGGCGCGGUGGUGAAGGAGUCCCGGGCCAAGCUGGACUUCGAGAAGUUCGCCACAGAGCUGGUGGCGCGGGUGUUCGGCUACCACGCCCGGGAAAACGACCACCAGCUGCUGGAGGCGCUGAGCCACAAGUACCUGAUGGGGGAUGGCCUGGAGGAGCUGACCCAGGCCAUGACGUUGAACCUGCAGAACCUGAUGCUGGAAGGGCUACCCGAGGGAGAGUGGAUGGAGGACGGCCUCUUCCACUUCUGCUACAACAUGGUCUUCCGAGCCGGCUACCUCUCGCUGUUCGGUAACGAGCAGGGCCCCGGCGGUGACAAGGGCGCAGGACGGCUCGUGGACCGCCAGCACUCCGAGACCCUCUUCACCGAGUUCCGGCGCUACGACCGCCUCUUCCCGCGCCUGGCCUACGCCGUGCUGCUCCCGGGGCAGAAGGUGGAGGCCGAGAGGCUCAAGCGGUACUUCUGGGAGACGCUGUCCGUCGACAAGAUGCGGCACCGGGAGAACAUCAGCGGCUGGGUGUCGGAGCGCCAGCGCCAGAUGGAGGAGCAAGGCCUGGAGAAGGGCAUGCGGAACCGCUACAUGUUGCUGCUACUGUGGGCGUCGCAGGGUAACACCGGGCCGUCCGCCUUCUGGCUGCUCCUCCACCUGGCCCGUCACCCCGAAGCCCUGCAGGCCGUGCGGGCCGAGGCCGACAACAUGUUGCGGGAGAGCGGCCAAGAGGCCGGGCCCGGCAAGCCACCCGUCCGCCUGACCAGGCGCAUGCUGCAGCAGUGCCCGGUGCUCGACAGCGCCGUGGAGGAGAGCAUGAGGCUCGCCGCCGCUCCCGUGCUGAUCCGGGCCGUGCUGCAGGACAUGGCGCUCCGGCUGCACGACGGCCGCGAAUACCGCCUGAGGCGGGGAGACCGCCUGGCGCUCUUCCCCCACCUAUCCCUGCAGAUGGACCCGGAGAUCUACCCGGAGCCCACCGAGUUCCGCUACGACCGCUUCCUGCAACCCAGCGGCCUCCGCAAGACCGACUUCUACAAGGGCGGGCGCCGCCUCAAGUACUUCACGAUGCCGUGGGGAGCGGGGGUCAGCAUAUGCCCCGGCCGCUUCUUCGCCGUGAACGAGCUCAAGCAGUUCAUCUUCCUCAUGCUCAUCUACUUCGACUUCGAGCUGCUGCAGCCCGAGGACGCGGUCCCGCCGAUCGACCGCAGCCGCUGGGGCUUCGGCGUCAUGCAGCCCUGCCACGAAGUCCGCUUCAGGUACCGCCAGCGGUCCUAAGGCUUGGCCCGGGCGCCACCCCCCUGCAAAGAACUCAAUAAGAUUUGUAAGGCAUGACCUGCCCCUCACAAAGCCAUGCUGACUGCCUUUAAUCACGCUAUUAAUCAGCUUUAAUCAUGCUUUUCCAAAUAAUCAUAAAUCCUAUCCCUCAGGAACUAUUGCUUUCGACAUAAAAUGCUGUAUGAACAUCCUUGAUACAGGGCUACAGGGAAAAGGCGACAGGGAGUAGAUCCGAAAUAACAACAGGUAGAGCUGGAUGAACACAGCAGGCCAAACAGCAUCAUACGAGCAGGAAGGCUGACAUUUUGGGCCUAGAGAUAAUGGGAACUGCAGAUGCUGGAGAAUCCAAGACAACAAAAUGUGAGGCUGGAUGAACACAGCAGGCCAAGCAGCAUCUCAGGAGCACAAAACCUGACAUUUCGGGCCUCGACCCUUCAUCAGAGAGGACCCUUCUUCAGAAGUGGGUGAGGGGAAGGGGCUUCCGAAAUAAAUGGGGAGAGAGUGGGAAGCGGAUAGAAGAUGGGUAGAGGAAAACAUAGGUGGAGAGGAAGCAGAUCAAAGAGGCGGGGAUGAGGCCAGUAAAGGUGAGUGUAGGUGGGGAGUUAGGGAGCAGAUAGGUCAGUCCAGGGAGGACGGACAGGUCAAGGGGGCCGGAUGAGGUUAGUAGGUGGGAGAUGGGGGUGGGACUUGAGGUGGGAGGAGAGGAUGGGUGGGAGGAAUGAUAGGUUAGGACGAGCUGGGCUGGUUUUGGGAUGCUGUAGAGGGAGGGACAAUUUUAAAGGUGGUGAAGUCCACACUUAUGCCAUUGGGCUGCAGGGUUCACAAACGAAAUAUGAGUUGCUGUUCCUGCAACAUUGGGAAGGCAUUGUUGUGGCACUGCAGGAGCCCCAGAAUGGACAUAUCAUCUGCGGAAUGGGAGGGUGGGUUGAAAUGGUUUGUGACCGGUAGGCGCAGUUGUUUCGUGCGAACUGAGCGGAGGUGUUCUGCAAAGCAAUCGCCAAGCCUCCGCUUGAUUUCCCCGAAGUAGAGGAGGCCACAAGGGGAACAGUGGAUGCAGUAUACCACAUUGGCAGAUGUGGAGGUGAACAUCUGAUUGAUGUGGAAAAUCUUCUUUGGACCUGGGAUGGGGGUGAGGGAGGAAGUGUGGGGGCAGGUGUUGCACUUCCUGCGGUUGUAGGGAAAAAAGCCGGGUGUGGUGGGGCUGGAAGGGAGUGUGGAGCGUACAAGGGAGUCACGGAGAGAGUGGUUCCUCUGGAAAGCAGAUAAGGGUGGGGAGAGAAAAAUGUCUUUAGUGGUGGGGUCGGACUGCAGAGGGUGGAAGUGUCAGAGGAUGAUGCGUUGGAUCAGUAGAUCCAGCUGAGUUUCUCUGUUAUGCCUACCUGCACUCUCUGAGGCACAGAAUGAAAACUGGAUUGAUUAGUCAUGUGGUUAAUUGUGUUUUCAGUUAAUGUGGUGGUUCAGAUUGAGACAAGUCUGCAAUUGUCCUGCAACUCAUCUACUUCCCCAACUUUACCCUGUAGAUCUGCAAGUUCUUCUUAUUCAGCUAUUUAAAUAUGAUAAAAAAGAAAUGUAAGUCGGAUGGCAUUUCUGAUUAAAGAGACAGUAACAUAUUAGUGAGGAAGGAUAUUAGCUUUAGUGAAUUGGAACGUGUUUUGGGUAGACCUUAGAAAUGUCAAGGGGCAAUAAAAUGACAGUGGGAGUAGUGCACAGACUCCCAAACCCUCGUGGUAAUUUUGGGGAAGGUGUUAAAUAGGAAAAUAGAGAUACAAGCUGUAUAGGUACAGCUGUAAUUAUGGGAUGUUUUAAUCUGCAUACACAUUGGCUAAGUCAAAUCGAUCACAAUACCAUGGAGGAGGAAUUUCUAGAUUGUGUGUGAGAUAGCUUUCUGGAUCAAGACACGAGGAACCAACUACAGAUAGGCCAUCCUUGACUAAUGUGGGGAUGGCAAUGUUGUACAAGGGUGGACAAAGUCAGAAGUCACACGACUCCAGGCUAUAGUCCAACAUGCUUAUUUGAGAUCACAAGACUUCAGAGUACACAGACACAGAACUUACAGGCAGAGAGAUCAAAAGAUCAUACAAAUGGUGUGAGUGGAGUGUCAAAUGAUAAUUUUCGGCUGGAGACCAAAAGUACGAGACAGUGUGAGUAAGGUGUCAACAGCUGAAUAACAAGCAAAGGUGUGACCUGUAAUUUGAUUAAAAGAGGCAGAAAGAUAAUUUUUAAAAAUUAAUAAUAAGGUGUGCUGGACACAAAAGUAAUAAGUGAUCCAAAACUGUACAAACUAAUUAAUGUAGAGGGAUCAUAAUAAUUUAUCAAGGUGCUAUGUAGAAACAGGAUAGCAAGGAAGGUUUUACAGAUACAGAACAGUGUGGUAGGGUCAUAUAUAGUGCAAUAUGAACGCAAGGUGUGCAAAAUGAUCAGCGGUAUAGACAGAGUGGACAGCCAGAGACUUUUUCCUGGGGUGGAAAGCUAUUACGAGGGGGCAUAGUUUUAAAGUGAGUGGAGGUAGAUAUAGGGGAGAUGUUAGAGGUAGGUUCUUUACUCAGAGAGUGGACAGGAUGUGGAAUGCAUUGCCGGAGAGGGUGGUGGAGUUGGCCUCAUUAGGGGCAUUUAAGCGGCUAUUAGAUAGGCAGAUGGAUGAUAGUAUAAGGUAGGGGUGGAGGUUAGAACAUAAGAACUAGGAGCAGGAGUAGGCCAUUCGGCCCUUGGAGCCUGCUCCGUAACUCAAUAAGAUCGUGGCUGACCUUUUCGUGGACGCAGAUCCACUUACCCGCAUUCUCACCAUAUCCCUUAUUUCCUUUAUUGUUCAAAAAAAUAUCUACCUCAGCUUUUAAAACGUUUACUGAAGUAGCGCCAACUACUUCACUGGGCAAGGAAUUCCAUAGAUUAACAACCCUCUGGGUGAAGAAGUUCCUUCUCAAUUCAGCCCUAAAUCAGCUCCCUCUAAUCUUGAGGCUGUGCCCUCUUGUCCGAGCUUCACCUGCCAGUGGGAACAUCCUCUCUAUUUCUAUCUUAUCUGUUGCCUUCAUAAUCUUAUAUGUUUCAAUGAGAACCCCCCUCAAUCUUCUGAAUUCCAAUGAAUAUAAUCCCAAUCUACUCAGUCUCUCCUCAUAAGCCAACCCCCUCAAGUCCGGAAUCAACCUAGCGAACCCCCUCUACACCCCCUCCAAUGCUAGUAUAUCCCUUCUCAAGUAAGGAGACAAAAGCUGCACACAGUACUCCAGGUGUGGCCUCACCAGCACCUUGUACAGCUGCAAGAUAACCUCUCUGUUUUUAAACUCAAUCCCUUUCGCAAUGAAGAACAAAAUUCCAUUUGCCUUCCUAAUUAUUUGUUGUACCUACAGACCAACCUUCUGUGAUUCAUGGACAAGGACACCCAGGUCCCUCUGCAUAGCAGCAUGCUGCAACUUUUUACCAUUGAAGUAAUAAUCCUUUUUGCUAUUCCUCCUACCAAAAUGUAUGACUUCACAUUUAUUUGCAUUAUGUUCCAUCUGCCAGACCUUUGCCCACUCACUCAAUGUAUCUACAUUCCUCUGCAAUGUUUCACAGUCCUCUGCACACUUUGCUCUGCCACUCAUCUUAGUGUCACCUGCAAACUUUGAUACCCUACACGUGGUCCCCAACUCCAAAUCAUCUAUAUAAAUUGUAAAUAAUUGCAGUCCCAACACUGAUCCUUGAGGCACACCACUAGUCACUGAUUGCCAGCCAGAAUAGCACUCAUUUAUCCCCACUCUUUGCUUCCUGUUAGUCGACCAAUCCUCUAUCCAUGCUAAUACUUUACCCCUAACGCCAUGUAUCCUUAUCUUGUGCAGCAGCCUCUAGUGCAGCACCUUGUUGAAGGCCUUUUAGAAAUCUAGAUACACCACAUCCACUGGGUCCCCAUUGUCCACUGGCUCGUAAUGUCUACAUAGAAUUCCAAAAUAGUUGUGAUGCAUGACCUGCCCUUCAUGAGCCCAAGCUGCAUCUGCCGAAUGGGACAAUUUCUUUCGAGAUGCCUUGCUAUUUCUUCCUUGAUAAUACACUCAAGCAACUUCCCCACUGCAGAGGUUAAGCUAAUCACUCUAUCAUUCCCCAUCUUUUGUCGACCUCCCUUUUUAAACAGUGGUGUCACAUUGCUGUUUUCCAAUCUGCUGGGACUGCCCCAGAGUCUGGCGCGUUUUAGAAAAUUACCGCCAGUUCACCUGUUAUUUCUCCGACCAUUUCUUUUAGAACCCUGGGAUGCAUUCCAUCAGGGCCAGGAGACUUAUCAAUCCUUAACUCAGUUAGCUUGCCCAACAUUACCUCUUCAGUAAUAAUGAUUGUUUCCAGGUCCUCACCUACCUUUGUCUCUUUGUCAAUUACUGACAUGUUAUUCAUGUCCUCGACUGUGAAGACUGAUACAAAAUACCUGUUCAAAGCCUUGGCCAUUUCAUCAUAUCCCAGAACUAAAUUCCCCUUCUCAUCCUCUAAAGGGCCAACGUUUCCUUUAGCCACUCUUUUUCGUUCUAUAUAUUUAUGAAAGUUUUGCUAUCUGUCUUUAUAUUCUGUGCUAGUUUUUUCUCAUGUGCUAUCUUGCUUUUAUUUAUAGCUCUUUUUGUGGCUUUCUGUUGACCUUUAAGGUUUUCCCAAUCUUCUAGUUUCAUGCUGUUUUGGCCACUUUGUAUGCCUUCUCUUUCAAUUUGAUAGAAAUUAGAUAGACCUUAGAUUUAGGGGAAAAGUUCAGCACAAGAUUGAGGGCUGAAGGGCCUGUACUAUACUGUACUGUUCUAUGUUCUAUGUUCUCAGAUCAUGGCUGAGGCUGUAUUCAUGGGUAUGGGACUUGGCUAUCAAGUUUCUGCUCGUUGUUGUGUGUUGUGUUUCUCAAAGUCCACCUUGGUGGACGCUUACCCAAAGAUCACAGGCUGAAUGUUCUUGACUGCUGAAGUGCUCCCUGACUGGAAAGGAACAUUCCUGUCUGGCAAUUGUUGCUCGGUGUCCAUUCAUCCGUUGUCAUAGCAUUUGCAUGGUCUCACCAAUAUGCCAUGUUUCAUGGCAUCCUUGCCUGCAGAGUACGAGAUAGACAGCAUUGACCAAGACACAUGAGUAUUGCUCUGUGUGUGGUGGCUGGUGUUCCAUUUGUGAGGGUAGUAUCCAUGUCGAUGAUCUGACACUUCUUGCAGAGGUUGCCAGGAUUGUGUGGUGUUGGGAAUGAUGUUGUCUCAAACGAUGGUUUGUUUGCUCCGAACGAUGGUUUGUUUAAGGUUUGGAGGCAUGGGGAAGAUCUUGGCAAGAUGCUCAUCAUCAUUGCUGGCGUGUUGAAGGCAGUGAAGAACAUGGCAUAAUGUCUCCUCUCCACGAUAUCUGUCUUCCGAGGAUCUCACUGCAGUUUUUCGCUGAGGCACAUGGGAACUGGCGAUCGAUGAGUUGAGCAUCGUAUCCUGUUGUUAUGAGGCCAUCUUUCCAAACCUUCAGGUGUUCAUAUGCUUCUCAUCUAAGAGGAUCCUGUGUACGCGCAGGGCUUGUCCGUGGAGGAUGAUCUCUAUAAUAUGUUUAGGGUGGAAGCUAGAGAAGAGCACCAUCGUGAGUGUUUCUGUGGUCUUGGGUUAGAGUGAGGUACUGAGGUGUCUGUCCUUGAUGGAGACUGGGUAUUGUUUAAUCAGAAAUUAUUAAUUGACAAUUAGUUGUGCAAAACGUCUUGAGCAAGAGUGACCAUUCAAAUAUUUAAAGAGCGCAUGGAGGAACUGCAACAAUUCAUUACUGUCUGGCACAAAUAGGAAACAUGGCUUGACUGCGGCUAACAAGUGAAAUUAAGGAUAGUAUUAGAUUCAAGAAUGGGCAUACAAAACGGCCAAAGAAAACAACAGACUUUAGGGUUGGGAGCAAUUUAGAUUUCAGCCAAGGGGGCCAAAGGAAUUGAUUAACAGGAGGGAAAAUUGAGUAUGACAGUAAGCUUACAGUGAACAUACAAACUGAUUUUUAAAUUACCAAUAGGUACGUAAAGAGAAAAAGAUUAUUUAAAAGAAAUGUAGCCUCUUACAUUCAGAAACAGGGGAUGGUAUAAUAAGAACAUAAAAACUAGGAGAUAACAAAGUGUGGAGCUGGAUGAACACAGCAGGCCAAGCAGCAUCUUCGGAGCUCCAUGUGUUCAUCCAGCUCCACACUUUUUUAUGUUGGAUUCUCCAGCAUCAGCAGUUUCCAGGUAGAACUAUCGAAUCCCUACAGGGUACAAGUAGGCCAUUCAGCCCAUCGUGUCCGCACCGACCCUCUAACGAGGUUCCCACCCAUACUCACAUCCCCUAUCCCUGUAAUCUUGCAUUCCCCAUGGCUAACCCACUUAGCCUGCAUAUUCCUAGACAAAAUGGGCAGUUUAGCUUGGCCAAUCCAACUAACCUGCUCACCUUUGGACUAUGAGAGGAAACCCGAGCACGCAGAGGAAACCCACGCAGACAUAGGGAGGAGGUGCAAACACCACGCAGACAGUCACCUGAGGCUGGAGAUGAUCUUGGGACCCUGGAACUGCAGUAGUGCAAAUCACUGAGCCACCAUGCCAUCCUAUGACAUCUGUCAGGUCAUUCCAAGUUCUUGCACUGGAACUGAGAGGAUGAGAUGUUCACUCUGGGUGACAGAAGUUUAAGCUUCUCUGGCAAUUCCCACAUAAUCAAUUCCUGAAGACUUCCACAGAUCCCUGCAACCUUGGGGGUACAUCUUUUCUCUGACUAUACAGAAACUGGGAAAUCUAGAGUAUUAUAAUAACUGACGGUUGCAUGUGGUGACGCAGUAGUACUGUCUAUAAUGUUCCCUGCCAAUGGAGUACUUGUGAAAUUUGGUCACUAUUUAACGUAGACAAAGAGCUGAAUAUACAGAAAAAAAAUUGUUCGUAGUUCAAAUCAGCUCCAGGGAUUUACCAGAAAUAGUAAAUUUUCUCAUCCUCCUUUUCCUUAAAGAAGCAAUAGCAUCCUCAUAUAUUCUAGCCUGAGGGUAGCACCCAAAUUUAUACAUGACUCUAGAUCUAUAGGAACAUUGUAAAACCCACAGACUCACCACAUGAUUCCUAAGUCUAGCAGAGCAGAACUCUGCACUAGGGUCAGCGCAACAAUUUUUAAAUUUUUUAGGAUGGUAUGAGCCACUUGAAUUCUGUCACUGUCAAAGAGUUGAAAAUACAGUUUCACAAUGGCAGAGAAGAUGAGGAACUGUUGACAGUCACAGACCAUGGGGGAAGCCACUUAAUUCAGAUGCAAACAGUGGUAAAUUAUCCUAUCUUUGAUCUUCUGAGCAUAUCUGUGGUCCUAGGCACAGUUAACCACAUUAUUAUUCUCCAAUGUCUUUCCCCUGUUGUCCAGCUGGGUGGGCCUACAGCCAACUGAGUUGCUGUUCCUGCAACCUUCGGGUGGCAUCAUUGUGACACUGCAGGAGGCCCAUGAUGGACAGCAACUCAUAUUCUGCUUGGGAACCCUGCAGCCCAAUGGUAUCAAUGUCGACUUCACCAGCUUCAAAAUCUCCCCUUCCCCCACCGCAUCCCAAAACCAGCCCAGUUCAUCCCCUCCCCCCACUGCACCACACAACCAGCCCAGCUCUUCCCCUCCACCCACUGCAUCCCAAAACUAGUCCAACCUGUCUCUGCUCCCAUAACCUGUUCUUCCUCUCACCCAUCCCUUCCUCCCACCACAAGCCGCACCUCCAUCCUCUACCUACUAACCUCAUCCCACCUCCUUGACCUGUCCGUCUUCCCUGGACUGACCUAUCCCCUCCCUACCUCCCCACCUAUACUCUCCUCUCCACCUAUCUUCUUUUCUCUCCAUCUUCGGUCCGCCUCCCCCUCUCUUCCUAUUUAUUCCAGAACCCUCACCCCAACCCCCUCUCUGAUGAAGGGUCUAGGCCCGAAACGUCAGCUUUUGUGCUCCUGAGAUGCUGCUGGGCCUGCUGUGUUCAUCCAGCCUCACGUUUUAUUAUCUUGGAUUCUCCAGCAUCUGCAGUUCCCAUUGUCACUCAUAAGAAACAUAACUCUGUUGUAUCAAAUGCCCUGUUUCUGUGGUAUAACAACGUUCUGAUUUUUUUUAUGCUGUAGGAUUUAUACAUUGCAAAUAAUAAAUGAAAUCAAUUACCAAAUA